GCCGCGCGGGGGACGAGCGAGGCGCAGCCGCCGGGCCCCGCGCCCACCGGGGCAGCCCCACUGCCGGGCCCGGAACCCUCGGACGGCCCCGAGGCGGUCGUCGAGAAGGUGGAGGUAGAGCUGGCGGGGCCGGCGGGCGCUGAGCCCCCUCAGCCUCCCGAGGGCGGCUGGGGCUGGCUGGUGAUGCUGGCGGCCAUGUGGUGCAAUGGGUCGGUGUUCGGCAUCCAGAACGCCUGCGGGGUGCUCUUCGUGUCCAUGCUGAAGACCUUUGGGUCCAAGGACGAUGACAAGAUGGUCUUCAAGACAGCAUGGGUAAGUUCUCUGUCCAUGGGGAUGAUUUUCUUUUGCUGCCCAAUAGCCAGCGUCUUCACAGACAUCUUUGGUUGUCAGAAGACAGCUGUCGUGGGUGCUGCUGUUGGAUUCGUUGGACUCCUGUCCAGUUCUUUUGUAAGCUCCAUCGAGCCUCUGUACCUUACGUAUGGAAUCAUAUUUGCGUGUGGCUGCUCCUUUGCAUACCAGCCUUCGCUGGUCAUUUUGGGACACUACUUCAAGAAGCGCCUUGGACUGGUGAAUGGCAUUGUCACCGCUGGCAGCAGCAUCUUCACAAUUUUGCUGCCUUUCCUUUUAAGGGUUCUGACCGACAACGUGGGCCUCUUUCACACGCUGAGGGUGCUCUGCGUUUUCAUGUUUAUUCUCUUUCUGGCUAGCUUUACGUACCGACCUCUUGUUCCAAGUGCCAAAGAUAAAGAGUGUGGAACCAAAGGAGGCAACGACAGAGUCUCCCUCUUUUCCAAGAGGAAGUUUAGUCCUCCAAAAAGAAUCUUCAACUUUGCCCUCUUCAAGGUGACAGCUUAUGCAGUCUGGGCAGUUGGAGUACCACUUGCACUUUUUGGAUACUUCGUGCCUUAUGUUCACCUGAUGAAAUAUGUGAAUGAAAGAUUUCAAGAUGGAAAAAACAAAGAGGUGGUUCUCAUGUGCAUUGGCAUCACUUCGGGAGUCGGACGGCUGCUCUUUGGCCGGAUCGCAGAUUAUAUGCCUGGCGUGAAGAAGGUUUAUCUUCAGGUACUCUCCUUCUUCUUCAUCGGGCUGAUGUCCAUGAUGGUCCCCCUGUGUCGUGUCUUUGGGGCCCUCAUUGCUGUCUGCCUCAUCAUGGGUCUCUUCGAUGGAUGCUUCAUUUCCAUUAUGGCCCCCAUCGCCUUUGAGUUAGUUGGUGCCCAGGAGGUUUCUCAAGCAAUUGGAUUUCUCCUUGGAUUCAUGUCUGUACCUAUGACUGUGGGCCCACCGAUUGCAGGGUUACUUCGUGACAAGCUGGGCUCCUAUGAUGUGGCAUUCUACCUCGCUGGAAUCCCUCCCCUUAUUGGAGGUGCUGUCCUUUGUUUUAUCCCGUGGAUCCACAGUAAGAAGCAAAGAGAGAUUGCUAAAACCACUGGAGGAGAAAAGAUGGAGAAAAUGUUGGAGAACCAAAACUCUCUGCUGUCAAGCUCACCUGGAAUCUUUAAGAAAGAAUCUGACUCGGUUAUUUAAUGUCUUACAUACCUCCACCAGACUACGCUUGCUUUCAGAAGUUUAAGCAAGUUUUCCUUUUAUAUGAAUUGCAAAUUUCUUAUUUUUUUAAUUACAUCCUAAGCAUAGCACAAUAAUUGGGAAAUCGAACCCUUAUUACUACAAGAACCAUUUCUGCCACUGAAUAGCUAGCUGUUUGAUAUUUCCAUGGGUUUGGGGGCAGAGAUUAUGGUAUAUGAAAACAUGUCUAAAAGUCAAAUAUUGAGAGAAUUGAGACUAUCUCAGUAAAAAGCAACUUUGGAAACUGUGAAUGCUAAUAAGCUUAUACAACUAUUUAAAAAUACCUCGGGGUGCCUGAGUGGCUCUGUCUGUUGAGCGUCCGACUUCAGCUCAGGUC